AUGGUCGACUACUCGCGCUUCGAGCACAUCGGGAGCAGCAGCGACGAGGACGAACAACCUGCGGAGCCCUGGGAAGCGCAGCAGCGACGUAUUCAGGAACGAAUGGCGGGGGGGGGGGGUUUCUUCGUGCCGACGACGAAAGAUUUAACGGCACCUCGACUUGAUCAGACGGGCUGGCGCCUCGACCUCCAUCCCGAGGACAUGGGCCGGGGGCUCAGACGCGUGUUCAGGCAGAACCCGCACACGUUCGAGCCCGUGGUGCACGAGCCGACGGGCACGGCGACGAUGUGGGGGCUGCCUGACGAGGACGACGAGGGCGGCGGCAUGGCGACGAUGAUGCGGCGCAUGUCGACGCAGUUCCUCUACAUGGACCGGGAGACGCCCGAGCAGCAGUUCGUGAACGUCCUCGUGGAGCGGAAGCGCGGCGCGCUCGCCCGGGGCCGGGACGAGGCCGCGCAGGGCCGGGACCUCGUCGUCCGCGUCGCGCUCGCGGAGUUCUGGCGCCGCAGCAGCUUCGAGGAGCUCGCGCCGUCCGUGUGGCGGCGCCUCCGCGUCAGCGGCGCGCUGAACCUGCAGCAGCUGCACGAUCGCGUCCUCGGCCCGGCCAUGGGCUGGGCGCGGAACUACCACGGCUACUUCUACACGGACUUCACCGAGGGCGCGGUCUGGUGCCCCCUCGGCGAGUGCAACGCGGUGGACAUGAUGCACGCGAGCCACCUCAUCGUCGGCGCGCUCGAGCCGAGCGAGACGACGCUCGGCGAGCUCCUCCGGGAGCCGGGCGACAGGAUUGGGUAUACCUACGACCUAGGGGACUUCUUCGAGCACGUCAUCACGUUGGAGGAGGUCGUCGACGCGUCCGCGUCGACGGGCGCGGUCGCCGUGCUGGGCGGCGCCAUGCGGUGCCCCAACGAGGACGGCGACGGCAACGCGAAGUACCAGGAGGAGGUCCUGGACCACUGGCUCGCCUGCGAGGGCGUCGUCGGCGACGUCCCGCCGCGCUUCGCCGUCGGCGACCGCGUCUCGUUCUUCGAGUCGAAGGAAUGCUUCGGGACGCCGACGUGGAGCGCCGCCGUCGUCGUCCAAGGUCCCUUCUGGGGCGGCGACCGCGCGUGGGCCUACCGCGUCCGCAAGGACGACGACGGCGACUUCUACUGCGUGCCGUGCGACCGCGACGACUUCGUGAAAUCGCUGGACCCCGGCUGGCGUCCGCCGGACGAGUCGCGGGAGCGCGCCGCGGCCCGCGCUCUCCGCGACGCGUGCUCGAAGCGCGUCGACGCCAUGAACGUCCGCCCGGGCGCCUUCGACCCGGCGGAGUUCGACCUCGAGGCGUGCCGCGCGCGCGUCCGCGACGCCAUCGGCUCCAAGGCCUCGGCCAUGGAGGGCGCGAAGCAGUCAACGGCGUCGAGGGCGGCUUCGCGCUGA